AUGGAAGAUAAGCCAACUGCUCUAUCAUACUAUCAAAAAGCGCUCGAAAUUCGAGAACUUUCACUCCCUUCAAAGCAUCCAGAUGUAGCUAAUAGUUAUAAUAAUCUUGGUACUAUAUACAGUUCUAUGGGAAACAAACAAAAAACUUUAUCAUCUUAUGAAAAAUCACUCGAAAUCAAACGAACUUGUCUUCCUGAAAACCAUCCAUCGCUUGUUACUACAUACAAUAAUAUUGGUUUAGUUCAUCAACCCAUGAAUGAUUACUCUACUGCACUUUCUUUUCAUCGAAAAGCAUAUGAAACUUGUGACAAAAACCCUCAACUCAGUCAGUCUGAUGAAACAGCUACGACUUAUAACAAAAUUGGAUCAGUACAUCAUUCAAUGAAAGAGUAUUCUACUGCUCUUUCGUUUUUAGAAAAAGCGCUCGAAAUACAAAGUAAAUCUCCUACGUAA